AUGCAGAACUCUGCAGCCAGGACCUACACCCAGAGUGCUGUGAGGAUGGGUGUGGUCCUGGACCCGGCUCUUACCUGGGAGGUCAGGUACUCCAUCGAGGCUGGGAACAGCGAGGGCAUCUUCCAGGCUGAGGACCUGGUGCUGGGGGACUUCAGCUUCCUGAGGGUGCAGACCAACGGAGGCACUGGAGGUACCUUGAAUCGGGAGGUACAGGACAAUUAUACACUGACGGUUCGGGCCACAGCACAAGGUGGCCUGGAGGCCUUCACCACCGUCUUCGUCAACAUCCUAGAUAUGAACGACCUUCGACCUCUGUUUGCCCCGACCUCCUACUCCUUCGUGGUCCCCGAGGGCUCUCCGCUGGGCGCCAGCGUUGGCAGGGUAACGGCCACGGACGCAGACGUCGGAUCCAACGGGCAGUUUUACUACUUCUUCAGGGAGCGUGUGGAGCUGUUCUCGGUGCACCCCACCAGCGGGGUCGUGACCCUGACGGGCCAGCCAAUAAUGGGGCAGCGGAUGGAGCUGGAGGUACGAGCGGUGGACCGAGGGAUAAAGCUCUACGGCACCAACGGGGUCAGCAGCACCGCUAAGGUGGUCCUGACGGUUGAACGGGUGAAUGAGUUUUCUCCGGUGCUGUCUACGGUGGCCCUGGUGCCAUCGUGGUUGGACCAAGACCCCGUGUUUGCUGUGGUCACGGUGGAGGACCAGGAUGAGGGGGUGUGCGGGGACAUCGAGUGGGUCUCCAUCGUCCAGGGGGACCCACUGGAACAGUUUAAGGUGGACCGCUCUCCGGUCGGGAACGAGUACAAGGUGAAGACGUCAGAGCCCGUGGACUGGAAGAAGUUUCCAUACGGUUGUAACCUGACCCUCCAGGCUAAAGACAGAGGAACCCCUCCUCUGUUCUCCAACACUCAGGUGGUCCAGGUGUUAGUUAGAAAACCUCAGGCUCUCCAGGUGAGAUUUGAUAAACAGCUCUACCAGGUGAGACUGAGUGAGAUUGCGCCGCCUGGCACCAUCAUAGUGGAAGUGCGGAUCACCCCAGGCCCUCCCAACGUGAACUACAGCUUCAGCCCCUUCUCUGCCUCACCGUACUUCCUCAUCAACCCUCUGACCGGGGUCAUCACUACGACAACCCCUCUGACCAGCCUAUCGCAGGACGUCGUGGAGCUGGAGGUGUUGGAGCAGGGCAGUAAACUCAGAACCAGGGUCCAGGUCACCAUAGAGGACGCUAACGGCAACACGCCCACGUUCGCCAGGCCGACGUACGACGUGUCAAUCGAAGAGACCAUGCCGGUCGGCACGGUGAUCUUGGUGGUGUCGGCGGUGGACGAUGAUAAAGGGGAGAACGGGUGUAUCACCCACAGCAUUGCUGGACUUCAGGCGCUACCCUUCACCAUAGAUCAGGACUCAGGAGAGCUGAGGACCACUAGAGAGCUGGACUACGAGACGUCAUCUGAUCUCUACAUGUUCUCCGUCCGGGCCUCAGACUGGGGUUCUCCGUACCGGCGGGAGAACGAGGUCAACGUGACAGUGCGCCUCAUCAACGUAAAUGACAACAGACCUUUGUUUGAGAGGGUUGGCUGCCGAGGGAUGAUCGAACAGGACUUCCCUGUAGGCCAGAACAUCGUCACCAUGUCAGCUGUGGACAUAGACGACCUGGGGCUGGUUAAGUACAGGAUCCUGUCAGGUAAUGACCUGGACUACUUCAACCUUAACCCAGAUUCUGGUGCCAUGGCCUUGAGGAGGUCCCUGGCCUCCGCUAACCUCAAGACGGUUGUCUUCAACCUCAAGGUAUCCCUAUGUACCCCCAGGUCUUCCCUAUGUACCCUCUAUGUAUCCCUAUUCAGUCCCUAUGCUGCCCAAUGUAUCCCAUAUGCACCCCUAUACAGCUUAUGUAGCCCUAUGUAUCCCUAUUCAGUCCCUAUACAGCCCUAUGUAACCCUAUUCUUCAACCUCAAGGUGGAGGCGACGGACGGAGAGCUGUUCUCGGAGCCGACCUACGUCAACGUGACGGUGGUCCGGGGUGGGAUGCCGUCUCGUAGUGUCACCUGCAGAGAGACGGGAGUGGCCCAGAGCCUGGCAGAGCUGAAGGCUACGGCGCUGCGGAGACCCAGGGUGGAUGAGGGGUACACAGACCUGUUCUCAGCCAACAGACUGACGCCUCAGUUUGAGUCGUUCCCCUCCAGUAUCGUAGUCAGGGAGGAUCUGGCCAAGGGGGCGAGUGUCUUUCAGGUGAGGGCAACAGACGACGACACGGCCUUCAACGGUCACAUCCUGUACGCCAUCUCCAACGGCAACAGAGACAGCUGCUUCGACAUCGCCAUGGAGACGGGCCUGAUGACAGUGUUCCGGCCGCUGGACCGCGAGCGGUCCGACCGUUACGUCCUGAACGUGACCAUCUACGACCAGGGUCUGCCUCAGCGUUCCAACUGGAGGCUCCUGACCGUCAACGUAGAGGAUGCUAAUGACAACGAGCCUGUGUUCGCCAAGGACAGCUACAACGUGGUGGUCCCUGAGAACACAGUGUUGGGUACUGAGGUGGUGCAGGUCGUUGCUGUAGACAGAGACCUCGGCUCCAACGGAGAGGUCUCCUACUCGCUGCUCACCGCCGUGCCGCAGUUCAGCAUCAACAGCAACACAGGGGCAGUGGUCGUGUCGGGGCAACUCGACCGGGAGACCAUCCCAGCGUUUAGCCUGAAGGUGGAAGCCAGGGAUAAGGCGGAGAGAGGGACCCAGCGGUUCAAGGUGACAACUCUGAGUAUAACACUAGAGGACGUUAAUGACUGCCCCCCGCUGUUCGUCCCUGGGAGCUACAGCGCCCGUGUCCUGGAGGACCUGCCACUAGGGGCAGUCAUCGCCUGGCUGCAGACCCAGGAUUCAGACCUCGGACUGGGGGGACAGGUCUCCUACGCUCUGGCCAAUGACGGAAACGGCAUCUUCGAGGUGGAUGCAGUGAGUAGUGCAGAGAUGGUGGGUCUAAUCUAA